AUGACGACCGUCGAACGGAUCCAUGUCACUGAGAACGAACGGCAAAUUUUCGAUCUGCUUCUCCGCGCCGUCGGCAAUUUCAGUCCCGAAACGAAGCUUCGCGUCGCCGGUGGGCAAAAUUCUAGUGAUAUUGACAUCGCAAUCAGCAACAUGCUCCCAAGCGCUUUUCUUGCUGAGCUCAACAAGUACUUACGCUCUCAAGGGGAGGACGAAGUACAAGGUCACGUCAUUGAAAGUAAACCUGCACAACAAGGCAAACAGAAACCGACGUUGGAGACAGUAAAGAUGAGUCUUUACAACCACUCGAUAGAUCUUGUAAACUUGAGAAGGGACGUGUACGAACGCGGCAGUCGCAUCCCUGUAAAAGUGGUAUUUGCCUCCCCAGAAGAGGACGCUUUCAGGAGGGACUUGACUAUAAAUAGCUUAUUCUACAACAUUCACACUGGCUUAGUAGAAGAUCUUACAGGAAGAGGCAUGGAUGACCUCAAGGCUGGAAGAAUCGCAACUCCAUUGCAUGCGCGAGAUACGUUUCUCGAAGAUCCCUUGCGAGUUCUUCGGGCUAUACGCUUUGCUGCAAGGUUUGGCUUUCCUUUGGAUGAACAACUCAAAGAAGCUGCUUCCAGUGAGGAAGUCAGGGCAGCUCUUGCAGGAGAAGUCAGCAGAGAGCGGAUCGGAAACGAAAUCGAUUUGAUGAUAUCUGGGAACAGACCUGUUUCAGCACUACACUUACUCUCUGAUUUGAAACUAUUGGGGCUUGUCUUUGCUCUCCCUGCGUCGUCUGAGCCUAACUGUGUCAGCCUCAGCCUCUGCCGAGCCUACGUGGAAGCUAUGUGGAACCUCAUUCACACACCUGGGCUCGUAAACCUCAGCGGUGAACAAAUAAGGCAUGCACUGUACGCGGCUCUGCUUCUCCCGUUUAGGAAAAUGGUCUACAAGGAGAAGACGCGGAAAUCAUCGGCGGCUCCCCUUGUCAACUACAUGUUGAAAGUCUCCAUGAAGCGGAAGAGCAGUGACGCUGAGACGGUUGUUAAUAUACACCGUGCCACGGGGAGAUUCUUAUCGUUGAAGAAUGGCGUCGUACAAGUGGACAAACGUGAGUGGGGGGCCACUGAUGUCUUUGAGCACUUGGAGUCCAUCUGUCAGGAUGAUCCUGAGGUCCCGGCUACAUCGAAAACAAGAGUGCUAGCAGGGUUUCUUCUCAAAGAUAUCAGAGACUUGUGGCCUGUUGCCGCCCUCUUAACAUCACUAUUGCUGUCUACGGACGAGGUAAAUCAAAGAGAAAUUUAUCUGAGAAUCGCGGGCACCAUUAGGGAAAUGUGUCUUGAUACCAUCUGGGAUGAAAAACCUCUGGUGGAUGCGAGUGAUAUCAUCAAAGCUCUACAGCUUACAAACAGAGGACCCAUCAUCCGUGAAUGGCAGCAGAGAUUGCUGGCGUGGCAGCUAGCUUAUCCCAAAGGAAUGCCAAUGGCAAAACGGAGCAAAGCCCCAAUGUGA